AUGCCAGUCAUUCCAAACCUUCUCCUGUUGCGCGAGUGGCUUCAGCACUGUGACAACAAUCACGACUGUCCCCAAAAACGAGGAAAGGGCAGCUUCUGGCCAAAGAGAAUUAUCUUUGUUGGUGACUCUGACCCCAAAAAAUUAUCUCUGGUAGAGAACCAAUCUCUGGAUGAAGACUACCUUGUAUUGUCACACCGUUGGGGCAAUCCUACCGAAGAUGAAAAACGCCAAUUCUGCAAUACCAAGGAAAACAGACGUUUGAAAGACUUUUUUUUUGAGCAGUUGCCGAAGACCUUUCAGGAUACUGUUCAAAUUACUCGAGCACUUGGCAAACAAUAUCUCUGGAUUGAUGCUCUCUGUAUCAUUCAAGGAGAUGGUGGCGACUGGAAAAGCCAAGCUAACACUAUGCAAAAUAUUUUCGCUAAUGCUUACUGUACUAUUGCCGUAACCUCAGCACAUAACUGGAAAGAUGGCUUUCUCAAAUCCCAGUCACGCUUCUCAGAUGAUGGAGCACAAAAUACCUUGGCCUCCUCAGCUUGCCAAUGUCAUUUCGACGAAGACGUCGACGCAGGGCCUCUCAUGCAACGAGCUUGGGUCUUACAAGAACGAGUGCUGUCCCGGCGAACCAUUCAUUUUACUACGUCACAUGUGUAUUGCGAAUGUGGGGACGGGGUGAUUUGUGAACGGCUCACAAAACUUAUACCGCCGUUUGGGAAGGAAUACUUCAUCCUCGAUCCACACUUCCUAGAUAGACUCUGGCGGAGUGGGUAUUAUCGUACCAUCGAAUUCAUACAGUUUUUAUUCCAGAAAUAUUCGACAUCCGGUCUUACCGAUGAAACAGACAGGGUCAUUGCGAUUCACAGCCUUGUUGAACGGAUGGAAAAGGUGGUGCAAAGUAAAGCGAAGUACGGGAUCUUCCGCUUUUGUUUAGGUUCUCUUCUUUUGUGGAAGCGGACCGAGGAGCAGAAACCCCUGAUCAAGUAUGAUGAUGAUCAAGUGCCAUCAUGGUCUUGGAUGGCAUAUUCCGGGGGCAUUGAGUUUAUCUUGGAUCCAAACCCAAGUUUUCGGGUCCCACGCUUCGAAGACCUUGAUUUUGCCGAUGAUAGAUCGGUACUAAAUGUCAAAGUGAGGAACUUUGGUGGAAGUUGCCGAAUGGGACAAAACGAAGAAAAGUAUGUUAUUUUGGAUGGAGAGGAAGAAGUAGGGUCUUUAUGGUUUGACAUAGCGGAUCAGAUCCGGUUUGAGGAUUGUAAUUGUGUUAUUGUUGGUGCCCUAGACGCGGAGAUGAAAGACCAUAAGGUGGAAGACGCUAGGAAAGGUUAUUACAUGAUCAUUGUACAGAAGGAAGACGGUGACAGGGGAUAUAAAAGGGUGGGAGUUGGGAUAGUGAGAGCGCAGUAUGUCUCCGAGGAGUGCAUUUCUAGCAUCCUUCGGUGA